AUGCAAGAACUGAAAUCUCCAAAGUUGUUAAAUAAUCUAGUCUCAAAUGCUUAAAAAAAACAAAACCCUAUUCCUCCUUCAACAGACAUCAAUAUUCUCCAAUAAAUUUUAGAUCAAGUUUAACCUGUAGAGAUUAUCCAUAAUAAUGAUGAUGGUUAAGGAUGUAAACUUAAUAUUUAAUAUCAUAGAAGCUAAUUAAAAAAGGAACAAUAAAGUCCUUAAAAUUAAUGAAGAUUAAGCAGAAUAAUAGUUAAUUGACUUUAUUCAAUUAGGUAUAUAAGACUUUGAAGCUAACCAAUAUUCCCAAUGUGUAUAUCACUUAAAAUAAGCAGAAUAAAUACUAACUGCCAUUUCUUAUUCUAAUCCAUUAAUUCACUAUUUUCUAAUGAUUAGAAUAAAUUUGGGAGUAGUCUUUUAUGCUAUUGGUUGGUUAGAAUAAGCAUUUACUUGUUUUGAAGAUGCCAUUUUGGCUUUAAAAAAAACACCCAGAACAGAUUAAGAAGGCUAUCUCCUUUCAAUUAUACGUUUGCAUUGUUAUUUGCAAUGCUGUAUUAUCCUUUCAGAGAGUGGUCAACAUUCUGAAGCUUUGGCUUUUGCUAAAAUGGCAAUAAGAAAAGCUUCAAAAAUAUUAAUAGAUCUCUAAAAAUACUUGCAGAGUUAAAUACAUUAAUAAGUCCUAGAAGAAAUUCUAAAGAAGAGUAUACCCAUUUUAAAACCGAAACAUCAAACAAUAGUUUAGGGUUAUUAAAUGUAAACCUAAGCUACAUAAGAAGUACAAUGAUUAGUAUUAAAGAGUUACGAUUUAGUGUAUUCAGGAUGUCCAUAAGCAUAUAUUCAUAGAGCCAACAUAUUAUUCUUUAUCCAAAUGAAUCCAGUGAAUUUAAGCAAUUUUAUCCAUGUUUUGGACUUUCCUACAAAUUAACAAUAUUUACAUAUGAUUUGUUUAUUUGUGAUUUCCUUAUAUUGUACAUCAACAGAGUCUAAAUUUGUUUAGAAAGUUGAAUCUUUCUGUUUUAGUGAAGCAGAGAAUUAUUUAUCAAGAGCAUUAGAAAUAGCCUAUCUAUAUUUGCCAAAAGAUUUACCAUUAAUUAAUUAAUUGUUGAAUGUUCAUAAUAGAUUUUAUGACAUUUCAAAAUAAGUAUUUAUUUACUUUAAAAUAUAGGCAAUUGAUGAAGAUGCAAAAAUGAAAAUGGAUUAAGGUCAUUUUGAGAUUGUAUUACUUAAACCAGUGAUUGAAUCAUAAAAAUGUGGAUUUGUUAUUCCAAUCAUUAGAAAAUGUAAUAAUUUAUUUAAUUUUUAAGCUAAAUAUGUUGGAAUGAAGAGUAGAACUAGAUCAAUGAAAGAAUAAUAAUUUUCAAAUACAAAAUAAAUCAAUUUUAAUGUUGAGCCAGAACAUUAGAUUUAUGAAACUUAAAGUAAGACUCAUAAGAGAAAAUUAAGAUCUAUUUCAACUACUAAUAAAUAUAAACCUAAUUCUCCUAAAUGGGCUAAUCAUUAAUUAGCAGAAGUUUAUUUGAAUUAAUAAUAUCCAUUUAAAUCUGUGUAAAUUAAAAAGUAGUAAUAAAAAUACAAUAAUAAAACUGUUGAAUUAGGAUCUGCAAAGAAUUCUGGAAAUUAAAAUAGUAAAUUGAAUAGAUCAGAAAAUUAGAUCAAAAAGAAAUAAUUAAAUAUUUAAUUAAUGAUAACUAAUAAUAUAAAUUAGACUAAUUCUACAUAAAAUUCAAAUGGUGGAUAGUAAAUUUAAGUGACUAAUGUUACAUAACAAUAGUUAUUCAAGAGGAAAAGAAAUAAUUAAUCAUUUAAUUUUGAUUAAAUAACAACAAAGAGUCCUGUUAAUCUAUUUGUCUAAAAAUAAAGAGAUGAGAAAACACUUUCGACUAUAUAAUAGAAAAUUAAAUCUGUUAUAAAACAAUGUUGA